GACAGGAAGGAGGGUUGAGGUGGAGCCCGGCACAGGAAGAGGUGAGGAGCCCCAGCUGCCGUGACAGCCGGUGGGCUUGCGGGACUGCAGGAGCUGGCAGGCUGCACGGUCAGCGCCUCCCCAGCCCUUGCCACGGGACCUUGCUCCUGCCUUGCACAGAUCCUGAGGGCUCGUGGCCCAGCUGACCUGCCACAGAGAAUCCCAGGACACCCCCUCCACCACGCAGCUGCCUCUGUCCACUGGAGCAGGGCUGAGCCUGGGAGCACCAGGAUGGAGCACCCCCAGCCCCCCAGUCUUGACAUCCCUAGGACAACGAAGCCCAUAGGAACUGUGGACGAGGGAUGGCCGACCCCCACCCCCUGAGUUCGUGGGGCCAGGCGGAGGGGCUGCCGUGGGCUGGACAUCCCGCCCGCUGCAGGAGUUCGGACAAGCGCACCAAGACACGGACCCACUACUGGAGGACUGUGCACCGCGGCUUCACUGCCCUAAGAGCCCCUGGGCUCCACCGAUCCACCCCUCCCCUCCCAGCCACCACCGACGAUCGCCAUAGUUUUGCCAAGUUGCCUUCCCAGACUGGCUUCCUUCAUUCGCCCCUUCGUGUGAGCGGACCUGCCCUUAACCUCCUAUUUCCAGGUCACAAAUGAGGACAUCACCGCACAAGCAGCUCAGGCGGCCUGCCCGGCGUCACACAGCCACUUCUGGCGGCAAUCCCGGACUCCAUGAGGAAGCAGGAGGUGCGGACGGGUGGGGAGACAGGCCAGGGCCGAGGCCCCGGCUCCCCGGCUGGGCAAGUGAAAGUCCUCGUGGACCUGCUGGCCGGGAAGAGCAAUCAGAGCUCCCAGACCCCACAGACCCCAGACAGGAUGCCACACGGUGAUGACUCGAGGAUACAGAAGUGCCAGGAGGCCCUGCUGAACAGGGUGAAGGGCAGCCCGGAGCUGGGCGGCCCCUCGCCCAGGCUGACCAACCUGCUGCUGGUGGAGGGGCUCACAGACCUGCAGCUGAAGGAACAUGACUUCACGCAGGUGGAAACCACACGUGGGGGCUGGCACCCGGCCAGGAUCAUUGCCCUGGAGAGACUCUUCCUGCCUCUGUCUCGGGUGUCUAUCCCACCCCGAAUCUCCAUCACCAUUGGGGUAGCUGGUGUGGGCAAGACCACCCUGGUGAGGAACUUUGUCCACCUCUGGGCCCGGGGACAGGUCGGCAAGGACUUCUCCCUGCUGCUACCUUUGACCUUCCGAGAUCUCAACACCUACGAGAAGCUGUCUGCAGACAGACUCAUCCGCUCCGUCUUCCCGCACAUUGGGGAGUCUGGCCUGGCGGCAGCAGCCCUACCCCAAACCCUCCUGAUCCUGGAUGGCCUGGAUGAAUGUAAGACGCCUCUGGACUUCUCCAACACUGCGGCCUGCACGGACCCCAAGAAGGAGAUCCAGGUGGACCAUCUGAUCACCAACAUCAUCCGAGGCAACCUCUUCCCAGAAGUUUCUGUCUGGGUCACGUCCCGCCCCGGCGUGGCUGGCCAGAUCCCGGGGGGCCUGGUGGACCGGAUGACAGAGAUCCGGGGCUUUAACGAGGAGGAGAUCAAGGUGUGUCUGGAGGAGAUGUUCCCCGAGGACCACACCCUCUCAGACUGGGUCCUGAGGCAGGUGCAGGCAGACAGGGCCCUGUACCUGAUGUGCACCGUGCCGGCCUUCUGCCGUCUCGCAGGGUCGGCGCUGGGUCACUUGAGCCGCACCAAGCCGGGGCCCCAGGACUCGGCGCUGUGGACUCCGAGGACCCUGUGCGAGCUCUACUCUUGGUACUUCAGGAUGGCCCUCGGUGGGGACGGGCAGGAGAAGGGCAAGGCGAGUCCUCGCAUCGAGCAGGUGGCCCACAGCAGCCGCAAGAUGGUGGGGACUCUGGGUCGGCUGGCCUUCCACGGGCUGGUCCGGAGGAAGUACGUGUUCUACGAGCAGGACCUGAAGGCGUUUGGCAUGGACCUCGCUGUGCUGCAGAGCGCCCUGUGCGGCUGCUUCCUGCGGCGGGAAGAGACCCUGGCCUCCUCGACAGCCUACUGCUUCAGCCACCUGUCCCUGCAGGAGUUCGUGGCGGCCGCGUACUAUUACAGUGCGUCCAAGAGGGCCAUCUUCGACCUCUUCACCGAGGGUGGCGUGUCCUGGCCCCGCCUCGGCUUCCUCACCCAUUUCAGGAGCGCGGCGCAGCGGGCCAUGCAGGCCGAGGACGGGCGGCUGGAUGUGUUCCUGCGCUUCCUCUCAGGACUCCUGUCUCCAAGGGUCAACGCCCUGCUGGCUGGCUCCCUGCUGGCCCAGGGGGAGCACCAGGGCUACCGGGCCCAGGUGGCUGAGCUCCUGCAGGGCUGCCUACGCCCCGACGUGGCCGUCUGCGCCCGGGCGGUCAACACCCUACACUGCCUGCACGAGCUGCAGCACACGGAGCUGGCCUGCAGUGUGGAGGAGGCCAUGCGGAGCGGGGGCCUGGCAGGGCUGACCAGCCCCCAGCACCGCGCCGCCCUGGCCUAUCUCCUGCAGGUGUCAGAUGCCUGCGCCCAGGAGGCCAACCUGUCCCUGUGCCUCAGCAAGGGCGUCCUUCAGAGCCUGCUGCCCCAGCUGCUCUACUGCCGGAGCCUGAGGCUGGACAACAACCAGUUCCAGGACCCUGUGAUGGACCUGCUGGGCAGCGUGCUGAGUGGGAAGGACUGUCGCAUUCAGAGGAUCAGCCUGGCUGAGAACCAGAUCGGUAACAAAGGGGCCAAAGCUCUGGCCAGAUCCCUCCUGGUCAACAGAAGUCUGACUGCUCUGGACCUCCGCAGCAACUCCAUUGGACCUCAAGGUGCCAAGGCUCUGGCAGAUGCUCUGAAGAUUAACCGCACUCUGGCCUUUCUGAGCCUGCAGAGCAACGCGAUCAGGGAUAAUGGUGCCAGGUCCGUGGCUGAGGCCUUGGCUGCCAAUCGGACCCUCUCUGUGCUGCACCUACAGAAGAAUACCAUCGGGCCUGUGGGAGCCCAGCGGAUGGCAGAUACCCUGAAACAGAACAGGAGUCUGAAGGAGCUCAUAUUCUCCAGUAACAGCAUUGGCGAUGGAGGUGCCGAGGCCCUGGCUAUGGCCCUGAAGGUGAACCAGGGCCUGGAGAGCCUGGACCUGCAGAGCAAUUCCAUCAGUGAUGCGGGGGUGGCGGCACUGAUGGGGGCCCUCUGUGCCAACCAGACCCUCAUCAGCCUCAACCUGCGAGAAAACUCCAUCAGCUCAGAGGGAGCACGGGAGCUGGCGCGAGCUCUCUGCAUCAACUGCACCCUGAAGAACCUGGAGUACCCUGACAGCCAACCUCCUCCAAGACCAGGGCGCCCAGGCCAUCGCAGUGGCAAUGAGAGAAAACCAGGCCCUCACGUCCCUUCACCUGCAGUGGAACUUCAUCCAGGCCGGUGCUGCCAAGGCCCUGGGACAAGCACUGCAGCUCAACAGGAGCCUGACCAGCCUCGAUUUACAGGAGAACGCCAUCGGGGACGAAGGCGCCUCUGCAGUGGCCAGCGCACUCAAGGCCAACACCGCCCUCACUGCUCUCUAUCUGCAGGUGGCCUCCAUUGGCUCCCGGGGGGCCCAGGCGCUAGGGGACGCCCUGGCUGUGAACAAAACCUUGGAGAUUCUCGACUUACGAGGAAACACCAUCGGGGCGGCUGGAGCCAAAGCCUUGGCCAAUGCUCUGAAGGUGAACUCAAGUCUCCGAAGACUCAAUCUUCAAGAGAAUUCCUUGGGGAUGGACGGGGCCAUUUGCGUUGCCACCGCACUGUCUGGAAACCAUAGCCUCCAGCACAUCAAUCUCCAGGGAAAUCACAUUGGGGAAUCUGGUGCCAGGAUGAUCUCAGAGGCUAUCAGGACAAAUGCUCCUUCGUGCACUGUUGAAAUGUGAGCCAAACAAGUUCCUGCUGGACCUGGCAGGAGGACAGGCAGAGCAACAGCUGGAAGCUUCUGAACGGAAAGACCAUUUUCCUUCCUGUGGUCUGGGAAUGAUGCUGACCCCCACAAAAGCUGGUCUCCUGCAAGGAGGCAGGAAGGGUGCUGCUGAAGAGGUCAUGAGCACCUCUCCUGGACCUGGGUCAGUCCAGGCAGGGGUGAGAUGGAUUCUCUGCUAUGGCACAGAGAAGGGAAGGUCUCCAGCAAGGACACAGGCCUUAAAGCUCAGCUGGUAAGAAGCCGGUGUGGGCUUAUUUAUACCCGACGUCUUCAUGGGCCCCUAACUUUUAUUAUUAUUGCCCUCUCCACUGUUUACAAUCAUCCCCCUCACUCUGAAAUGAGCUGCCAUCUUCAAGCCUAUAUAUAGAGGAUCAAUUCAGCAUUGGUGACAGAAGGGACCUCUCUUUUCUCAAGAAGACUACAAGGUUUUAGGAGAAUGAUCCCUAGAGACAAAUGGAAAAAUUAUGAGAAUUUUUUGAAAAGAAAUGAAGGCUUUAAUUAGAUGAUUCUGGAGACAAAGACUAAAAAAGUUGCCCAAGGUUCUUGCCAUCUUUUAUCCAUCGCAAAAUCUCUCAAAGGCACGGAUUAUGUCUGGCAUACGUUAUGUGGGGUCUGGCACACUGGUUAUCAACAGCACGUUAAGUGUGAAUGCCUGAAUGAUGUUGCUCCACACUGGGUUUCCCAAACCACUACGGUGCCUGCAGUUUCUCCACGAAGGCAACCAACUGAGCCCCCACGUGGUAUAGGUUCCCUCGGGCGUCUGUCCGUCAGGAAGGGAAAAAGAUCCCCAUGGACACCACAGCUCUCAUCCACUAAAUAACCAAGAAAAAUGCUUACAAAGAUCAUAAAGUAAUUAUCAUUUUAAAGUUUGAACAGGAAGCACUCUUGUUCUAAACAUGCCUUUAAAAAUGAGUAUUCAGGCAAGAAUCGUUGAUGGAUGUUAAAACCAUGCAUGAAAGCCUAGCGAGGAAGAAGAUAUCUACCUGGUCUCAAAAUCUCACCCUAGAAGGGAUAGUUACGAAUGCUUUCUUAACAAAGUGACUAAACUUAACAUCACCAAUAAUGGGAUAGAUGGACAUAACGUACCCCUGUUGUGACGCACUAAGGACACACCAUGCCAAAAAUACUCAUUUGAAUCUAAUCAGAAAGGAACAAUCGGACAAAACCCAAAUCGAGAGGCAUUCUACAAAAAAAAAUAAUAAAAACUAGCCUGACCUCUUCAAAAAUGUCAAUGUCACGAAAAAUACAAAAGGCUGUGGACUAUUUUAAAUUGUAGGAGAUUAAAGAGGCAUAACUACAUAAUGCAAGAUCUCUGAUUAGAUCCUCGACUGAAGAAAAACAAUCAGCUGUAGAGAAAAGUACUUGGAAACCUGGGACAUCUGAAUGCGGGUCUUGUGUCGUAUUUAUUUGGAUUGCUGGUUUUGAAAGAUUUUUUUGCUGGGUAUAGAAUUUUCAGCUGGUAUUUGGCUCAUGGUACUUUCAAAACAUGUUGCUACACUGUCUCUGGUUUGUGCAGCGUCAGGCAAUGUCCACCUAGUUGUGAAUUUGACGGAACAAGAGUUGUGGUACCAAAUGGUGCAGAAAGCUGGGCCCUGCAGGCAUCCAGCACCGGAGAAACCUCAGGGGCCAUGAGAAAAAUCAUGCUCUCCCAGCACUCGAAGAGCAAGCCACACCAGAAUUGGAAGGAGAGCCCCUUCCUUCUCUAAAGUCUCCCUAGAGGCCUACUGACAAGGCCUGUGCUCUUGCCAGCUGGCAAAGCAGGGAGGUUUUACGAGGAACAGCUCUAUCAUCAGAGGGCAGGACAAAAGGAGAUCUGCAGCUGAGGCAAGAAACCCACAGCCAGCGCAGUGGGACUUCUCUUCCUUCAUUGUGAACAGUUCCUAUCGCUGUGUCUUCAUGGUCGGUCUGUUCUCUUCUGUGGUGCCUCAAUCCCCGUUUGCACGGUCUUCGUCUCACUUCUUUAAUUUCCAGAUUCUGAGCUUUAUGUCUUCCUUAUCUUUACGUUGCUCAAGCCUCCCUCCACCAUCUCAGUAUAAGGAGGAGAGUUAAAAACUAUCUGAAUGUCCCAUUUUACUAAAUCUAUCACCUGUCAUUUCUGGGUCAUUUCUUGGUCUGUUUCUUAAUUUUUCUCAUUAUGGUAAUUUUUGAUUGGACACCAAGUAUUGGGAAUUUUAUCUUGUUUGGCAUAGAUUUAUAGUCCUUAAAAUUCUUGAACUUUAUCCCGGGACAAAUCACUUAGAAAUAGCUGGAUCCUUUCAAAGCUCGCUGUUUCAAGUUUUGUUAGCCAGGAUCAGCCAUCCUUAUUUGAGGACUACCGGGGCCCAACUUCUGAGGCAAUGUCUCCAUAUUCUGGGUACUCUACCAGGUGCCCAAGUCAAAAAAUUAUUUUGGGGCCUUAUCUACAAGAGACACUAUAGAAAUUCAGGUGUAAAAGAUCGUGACAUCAACCAAAGCCACCUAACUCUGAAUGAUAGCGUCAGGGCGCCUGGGUGCUCAGUUGGUUAAGCUUCUGCCUUCAGCUCAGGGCAUGAUCUCAGGGUCCUGGGACCAAGCCCUGUAUCGGGCUCCCUGCUCAGCGGGGAGUCUGCUUCUCCCUCCACCCCUCUCCCUGCUUGGGCUCUGUCUCUCUCUUCAAAUAAAUAAAUUUUAAAAAACAAAAAAAGGGUGGCAUGAACCCAGCUGGUAAUCUGGUGCAUACGUUUUUAAUACACAGUAUGGAUUUAAACAGAAGGACUCCUAAUAAAGCCUUUGCUUCAUCAA